UUGUAUACGGUGUACCCGUGCCGUCUGCUCGCUUUCGUCCUUGUGCUGCUGUUUUUGUAUGCUGUGUACAAACAUUGCAUUUUUGUCUGAAUUCUAGCAAGGAAUUCUCCAGCAAAAAUGGCGACUCCCUUAACAUCCCAACGCACCAGUCGCUCUAGUAAGACGGUGAAACAUGUGGUCAGCAGCAGCAGUGCUAGGUCCUCUGGUGCCCGGAGUCCUACGUCCAUUACUCGCCACCAAGAAAAAGAAGAGUUGAUGGACUUGAAUGACCGGCUGGCUAUCUACAUUGAUCGAGUCCGUUCAUUGGAGUCCGAAAACAGCCGACUGACUCUCCAGCUGACCACCGUGGAAGAGUCUCAGACACAGGAGAUUGACAACCUCAAAUACUUGUAUGAGAAAGAACUAGCUGAUAUGAGAAAACUUCUGGAUGAUACGGCAAAAGAUAAAGCAAGACUACAAAUUGAGGUUGGCAAGAAUAGAGCUGAUUUGGAUGAAAUAAAACCAAAAUGGCGACGAGCAGAGAAGGAUCUGGAUGCGGCCUUCAAGCGUAUCCAAGCAUUAGAAGCUUCACUGGGAGAGAAAGAUGGCCGCAUCAACGCUCUGCUCAGUCAGAAACAGCAGCUUGAGGAUACCGUAAAUGAUCUGAGGAAAACAUUGGCCAGCAAAGAGAAGCAGCUACAAGCCGCUAAGAAACAGGUGGAGGAGGAAACAGUGAUGCGAGUGGAUCUUGAGAAUCGUCUGCAGAGCCUGAAGGAGGAACUUGCUUUUAAGAAGUCGCUGUAUGAUGAGGAACUGAAGGAGGUACGCAGCAAGACCACUAUUGACUUCACUGAGAUUGACAGCCGAGCUCGCUCAGACUAUGAGAGUAAGCUGAUUGAGAGCCUUCAAGAACUGCGAGAGGAACACUCUUUGCAGAGUACCAUGCUCCGUGAGGAAACGGAGACUCUCUUCGAAUCCAAGUUGAGUGAUCUGAAGGCCCUUGCAGAGCGUCAUCGCAACACGGCAGUAGCCAGCCAUGAUGAGUUAAGGAUAAUGCGUACCAAGGUGGACAACCUUCAGUCUGAGCUCACCUCCAUCAAAUCUCAGAAUGAUGCUCUGAUCAGUCGUAUCAAGGAUCUUGAGAACCAGCUGAAGAUGGAGCAAGACAGCCACUUUGAGGCUCUGAAUGAUCGCGACAAGGAGCUUCAACAGCUCCGUGACGCUAUGGCUAACCAGCUGAUGGAGUAUGAGGAACUGAUGAACAUCAAGCUGUCCCUGGAUACUGAGAUCAGUGCUUACCGUAAACUCCUUGAAGGAGAGGAGGGCAGGCUGAAAAUCACUCCGUCCCCACCACGUAAUAAAUCUCGAUCCUUCACCCAACGCCAAGUCCGUCAGGCCAAGCGACGCAGGAUUGAUGAUACAUCCAGCACUACGCAGAGCUCCACCACGACUGGUCUGGUUGCCAUUCUGGAGAGUGAUCUGCUCGGUAACUUCAUCAAGCUGCAGAAUACUGCAGAUCAGGAUCAACCCCUCGGUGGCUGGUUGCUCAAACGUCAAGUUGACGGUGGAGAGGAGCUCAACUACAAGUUUUCCUCCAAGUACGUCUUGAAGUCUGGCAAGGAAGUUACGGUGUGGGCGUCUGGUAGCGGCCACCCCCACAGCCCUCCCACUGACAUGGUGUUCAAGAACCAAUCUACUUGGGGCGUUGGCAAGGAGGUUGUGAAUACACUUACAGAUGCUUCUGGGGAGGUGAUGGCCACUCGUACCAUCAGUACUUCUACAGUCAGCUACGAGUCUGGAGAAACUCAGGAGCGCUCCCCAUGUGAAUGCAAUGUCUGCUAAAUAAAAGUCAUUCGCAAAAUGUUUUAGCUACUGAAGGGGGAUCCAAACAAGACAUGCAGUGUGAUGUAAAAUGUUGACGGUGCCGUGAUGUCUUAGGUACAACUGCUACAUCCGAGGAAUGGUUUAAAUUGCUUGCUUGCUGGGAAGACCGUAAAUAAACAAGUAUUUCCUUUAAAUAAUUGAUGCUCUCUCAAGUAAAUAAUUUGACUUGUAUUAAAAAGUCAUUGCAUUGCGAAAUAGAAAAAGAAAAGUUACAUUUGUUGUGAAAGUACUUUGAGGUUAAAGAUGUGGAAUUAUUAGAUUUGAUGAUGGUUAUGGGUGCAUGCGAUAAUAGGCCUUAAGCCUGCUCACAAGAGGGAGCCCUUGUGGUGACACUGUGAAAGUUAUCCGCAUAAAAA